AGCAAGGCCGCUUUUCCGGCUUUGAACUACAUUUCCCUUAAGGCUUUGCUGGUCAGCACUCUGUCCCACACGAACUUGGCUGCCUUUUCCUGUGAUUAUGGGGCUCGCGGGGUGAGUAGUCCCGCUUUGAAAAAAAUCAGUUCAACCUUGGUGGGAGGUUUGAAGCAAGGAGUCCGCCUUUGAAGCCCCGAGGGCGCAGUAUCAAACGGGCCAAACUCAUGCCCUGAGGUAACGAGGACACCAUCUUGCAUGUGUCUUGUCUUGCUCUGGACUACGUUUCCCGGAGUCCAAAGCGGCCAACGUUACGUUUUUCUUGACGCCGUGGCGAGAUCGUUAGCUCCGCAGGGACCCGGACGCGACCAAGGGGAGGCAGAAGGCAGGACUACAGCACACAUGAAUAUAGUUACCAAAUCAAGAAGUUUGCAACUACUGGGAGCUGACGAAACAAAAACAAAAGCCAUUCUAUGAAAAUACAACUGUUUUUAGAAUAUCCUAAGCUAUUAUUUUAUGUUCAAGGGAAGAUUGCGUAAAAAAAGAAGUUGCUUCUGUAAAUUAAAUGUGAUUUCUUUUUGGAGCAAGGAGGAUAUCCCUGGAUUAAGGGUUGACAAGAGGUGUGUGCACAGGACUCUGCACUUGUCCAAGAGAAGAACCUAAAGAAAUCAGAGCAGCUGAGGUAGUUCUGAAAGCCAUGGCGCAGGGGUUGGUAACAUUCAGGGAUGUGGCCAUAGAGUUCUCUCAGGAAGAAUGGAAGUGCCUGGAACCUGCCCAGAGAAACUUGUACAGAGAUGUGACUCUGGAGAACUUCAGUAACUUGGUGUCACUAGGACUCUCUAUUUCUAAGCCUGAUGUCAUUUCCUUACUGGAGCAAGGGAGAGAACCCUGGAUGAUUGCAAAUGAUAUGACAGGACCAUGGUGUCCAGAGCUGAAGUCCAGGUGUGAGAAAUUUCCACAAAAAGAUAUUUUUGAAGUAGAGUCAUUCAAUUGGGAGAUCAUGAAAAGCCUUAAAUGCUAUGAUUUUGAGGGCUCCAGUUUUGGAGAUGCCUGGGAAUACAAAGGCCAAUUUGAAAGACAACAAGUAACUCAGGAAUACUGUUUCAAGCAAGUAAAAAUCACAUAUAAAAACAUGCCCACUUUUGAGCAUCAUACAUCCCUCACUUUACAUCAGAACAAUGAGAUUGGUGAGAAACUGAUUGAAUGUAAUGAGUGUGGGAAAGCAUUUAGCCGUGGCUCACACCUUAUUCAGCAUCAGAAAACUCAUACUGGUGAAAAACCAUUUGAAUGUAAGGAAUGUGGGAAGGCCUUUAGUCGUGCUUCACACCUUGUUCAACAUCAGAGAAUUCAUACAGGUGAGAAACCUUAUGCCUGUAAGGAAUGUGGGAAGGCCUUUGGUCGUACUUCAGAACUUAUUCUACAUCAAAGACUUCAUACUGGCAUCAAACCCUAUGAAUGUAAAGAAUGUGGAAAGACCUUUAGACAGCAUUCGCAACUUAUUCUGCAUCAAAGAACUCACACAGGUGAGAAACCCUAUGUAUGUAAAGACUGUGGGAAGGCUUUUAUUCGCGGCUCACAACUUACUGUUCAUCGAAGAAUUCAUACAGGUGCUAGACCUUAUCAGUGUAAAGAAUGUGGGAAAGCCUUCAGACAACAUUCACAGCUUACUGUCCACCAGAGGAUUCAUACUGGUGAGAAGCCCUAUGAGUGUAAGGAAUGUGGGAAGGGCUUUAUUCAUAGCUCAGAAGUUACUCGACAUCAAAGAAUUCAUUCUGGGGAGAAACCCUAUGAAUGUAAGGAAUGUGGGAAGGCCUUUAGACAACACGCACAGCUUACACGACAUCAGAGAGUUCAUACUGGUGACAGACCCUAUGAAUGUAAGGACUGUGGGAAGGCCUUUAGUCGUAGUUCAUACCUUAUUCAACAUCAAAGAAUUCAUACCGGUGACAAACCCUAUGAAUGUAAGGAAUGUGGGAAAGCCUUUAUCCGUGUUUCACAACUGACUCAUCAUCAGCGAAUUCAUACUUGUGAGAAACCCUAUCAAUGUAGGGAAUGUGGAAUGGCCUUUAUUCGUAGUUCACAACUUACGGAACAUCAGAGAAUUCAUCCUGGUAUCAAACCUUAUGAAUGUAGAGAAUGUGGGCAGGCCUUUAUUCUUGGCUCGCAGCUCAUCGAACACUACAGGAUUCAUACUGGUUAGAAAGCCUUGAAUGUUAAGGGUAUAGGAAAGCCUUUACAUGGAUUUCACACCUGACUCAAUAUUAGAUGUGUAACGUAAUGUAAUUAAUGUCAGAAAACCCUCAUGUGUCACUUCCAUUAUGGAACAUGGGAUUACUCCUACCAGAAGAAAAUUCAAUAAAUGUGGGAAUUCUU